UCCCGGGGAAGUCAAAGAGAAGAAAAAAAGCAGGCAGACUUUUCAGAAAGAAUGAAACAGAUUGAAGACUAUGCCUACAAAUUCGCUAAGAAUAGAUCUGUUGAUGAAGUAAUUGAAAGGCUGAGGGAAAGUAUCCUGCAGCAGGAAGCUACUGUUAGAGAUGGCUUUCUUGCCUUCAGCAAACAAGCUAGUGGGAAAUUGAAUAAAACUGAUUUUCGCAAGCUGUUGGAUGAUAUUGGGAUGCCAAUGGAUGAUGAGCAGUUUAAUCUACUCAUUGAAAAAUUAGGAUUCCCUGCUGGAGGGCUGAGUUAUCUUGAUUUUGUCGCAAUAUUUGAAGGUAACUGGAUAUUUAUUGAUACCUUACUAUAAAUAUUUUAAAAGAAUGUAAAGCUUUUUUUCUUAUUGGCUGGGAGGACUUCCGAGCUUUGCUUAUUCUGGGAAUAAGUGCUCUUCAAGACUCAGCCAUUUCCCCCAAAGCUGUUCAGGUUAAGGAUGGGGUCCUCUUGUGCAAUGGUGGCUGAUUUUUCUUCUCCAUGUGGGGGAAGACGACCAGACUCAAGGUUUGUUGGUUUCUUAAUUCUGUUGGCAAACGUGAAAACCAAAUCCAAAGAGUAAUAAAUUGUGGCAUAAUUCUGCGAUUCAUGCAGCGUUCUCUUGGCAGCAACACGUGUCUCUUAGCCAAUGCCUCUCUGUCUUGGCUUGCUGACACAAGCAGCCCUGUCAAAGACAGCAGAGAGCCAAAUAACUGUAAGGAACUUAAAUAGCCUAGCCAGCCCCUGAGAACUGAUUUGCCCCUCUUCCCUCGCACUGAAGCCAAAUAGCACCUGUCCCUCAGCCCAAUUUUAUGUAGGCCCUGGCCUGUUUUUAAAAGCCCCCUGCAAGAAAUCUGUUCAGGUCUCAGGUAAGAGUGAUUUGGCCUCUCCUGGCAGCCUGUUGGGUAGGGAAGAAUGGGGGGGGGGGAGAGAAACAGGGCCAGAAAAAAG